AUGCAACGUACCCCUACCAUUGUCCGAACCGAGUUCACCUAUUGCGAUACGGAGGAGGGUUCGGAGGUUGACGUACUCUCGCGUCGCUCGUCUCAUGACGAGGUGUCCAUUAUCGCUAGUGAUGAUGACCUGUCCGUGAACGAGCGGAACGAUGUUGAGCACGCCGGUGUCGAUGAUGAUCGGUCUGAUGAGCAGCUGGACCUGAUGUUGCACUUUGAGGACUUCAUCAACGAUACGGGGGAUCUGCACGAUCCUGUGGUAAACGUCUGGUACGAUCUGGACAUGAUCACGGAGGUCACGGACCCCAUCCAUUAUAUCCGAGUCUGCGCUGAGAUCAAGAAGAUCGUCGAGGAAGCUGAGAUACGACUUGGUAUCAAGGUCGUAGACCUUCCCGCCGAAGCGCCCUUGACCAAGCCGAAAUCACCAGCGACAUCGCUUGCAAGCAGUAUUCGCUCGGCCAAUCCCCCUUCCAUCUCUCAUUCGCAACCCCACUCGAGAGAUGCAGACAAGCGACGUGCUCCACGGAUUAGAGCGAUUGCCGCCAAA